AUGCCUUACAACUACCAUGGAGGAGAUGACCUCCCUUGGUACAACAACCAGCAAGUCUCCCUUCCCAUUGCGAUUUCGACUAGCAAUGACGUAAAUGAAGGAGUAAAAGCCACUGCGAGCACUGACACGCCCUCCACGAAUCCGAACCCCACAAAGUUCCAAGCAGAGUGGCCCUAUGAAAACAGCCAAUAUGUAGAAGGUUCAUCCCAAGGAUGGUACUCGACCUCAGAUUCACACCAGAAUACACAGCCUUCCACGUUACUGCCUCAAAUGACACGAUCGCCUCGUCAAUACAGCUCAAAUACAAACAACUUUGAUGCAAAGGGAAACGGAGAACCCCCAAACAUGACAGGUCUUGGGAUCUUUUCAACCCCUGACGAGAUUCUCUAUAAUCCGAGCCUCCAGAACGGGUUCGGAAGUGGUAAUUUUUCUACCUCGCAACAGGAUACGCCAAUACGCGAAUUCUUAGACGACUAUAACACGGAUGCCAGCACUACUGGCUUCAGAACACCAGCCCCAUCAAGAUAUCAGAUGGACAACAAUUCAUCUAGUGACAGUGAUAUUCAUGCAGACUUACAAUUGUCAAUUCAGAUUGAAAAGUCUCCCUUAGGCACUCAGUUUGCUAGCAGCACCCAAAAUGGUGAAGCUCCACAGCAAGAGUCAACGUCUGAAAAUGAACGAUAUCAAGCAGAAUUUUUCAGUGAAACAAUGACAGCUCAACUUAGCCGUCCACUGAGCGCGCCACCUGCAGGUUACUGGGCAUUGGAGCAGGGACUCUCAUACACUGCCACUGGUCUCGACAUACCGUUAACUUUGAGCCCUUUGCCUAGAGCGACGCUGAAAACCGUUCCCAUGGCAUAUUCUGGUAACUGGCAGUACGAUGGCUCAUCAAUAGGCCUGGCGAUGGACAGCGAUGUCCCGAUGUUACAACCAUCAAAUGACAUCCAAAACGAUCAUUCCGGUACAUUGGGUCAAGAUGCUGGAGCUAUUCAAGGAGCGCAACCCUUACAGCCAUUGUCGCAGAAUAAUGGCCUAGGUCAAAAUGCUUCUGCCAAUAUAGCAGUUCCAUGUCAACAAAGUGAUGCAUCGAGCACACGGUCACCGAUAACUUCAAAUAGACGCAGACACAGCGAUCCUCCAUCUCUCCCAAUUCGAGAUGCUAGAGAUUCACAACAAGUAGUACAGGCUAGAAGCCAAUUUUCGGAGCAAAAUGCACAGUAUCAAAUUCCUGCUAUCAAUGCAUCAAGAGCACGUCAACAGAGCGGUGCACCCAUCGAGGACGAACUGGGAGCUAUGGGUAGCCGCAGACUCAGCGAUACUUCUCCUGUUCCAGCCCAAGAGCUCCAUACUUCCGUUCUGCCGCCUCCUGAUGUCUCUAGGGGUCUUGGCAAUGGAGCCAGACCAACCAAGCAACGUAAAUCGGCAUCCUUUGCGAGCGGCAGUGCCAGACUGACAGAAAUUGCGAGACCUCCAUUGCGACCUGUUGCACCUGCUCCACUAGCUGUGGCACCACAACAGCCCACACGGAGAGAUAGACAGCCAAAACAACCCGGCCGACAGUCUGCGCAAUCAGGUACUCCAUCUACACAGCAGAGCCAGCGUGUACCUCGGCGGGGACCACCUCGAGUUCAAACUAGUCCACAGGCAGUCUCUCCACAGGCUCAGGGGGUCGGUUCACAGCCAGGUAUCCCACAAAACCAGUUUGAUCGCAAGCUUCCAAGUAGAUUAGACCCCAAAGCCGCUGCUUUUGCCAACGUCGAACCAGCAGAAGACUUCAUAAAAAUGGUCUCCAAGAUGCCCUUUCUAGAUAGAGUGGCAUGCGUUGAUCGAUUGAUGCGCGAAGACCUCUUCAAUGAUUACAUCAAGCCAUAUCUCUUCGGUGAGUACAAUACAGGUUGUGAGAACGGUUUGAAGUUGGCAUUGGAGAAGCGUACCAAGGGAUCCUUGCAUGUUAUUAUCGAAACUACAGAGAUAAAGCAUGAACGUCAGAGUAUGAAAUGGAAGGCCAAAUUUGAUGACAUGCAGAUCGAGGACGAGCGCCGCAGAAGGGAACUUGCUGCUGGUAGAACUGCCGGUGAUAAAACGACUGAUACUCCUGAAGAUCUCGGAAUGACUCCGGCCGGCAGCAAGCGUAGGCAUCAAACAUCAGCAUCGGCUCAGGAUUCUCACUAUGAGAUCGACGACGACGAAGCCACUGAGUCCGACGAUGGCUCCGAUAACCAUUCAAUUGUCCAUCCUCGAAAUUCACCAAAGAAGCCUCGAACUUCCGGGCCAACAUCUUCAGGAGCAAGGCCUUCAGAUAUAACGGAUAAAUUCUGUUCGCAUGCUGUCGGGAAUAUUCCGUUCCUUCCUGAUCCCAUCCACAGUCAAUUGUGCAAUCUCAGCAUUGAGCAACUCAUCAUCCCAGUCCAAGAGUAUAUCACUCAAAAUGGUGAGAUUGCCGACACGAAUGUUGAGCACUGGCGUGCUUGUGCAGGACAGGCUGCUGGUACCGAAAUGGAGCAAGAAAUGGCUUGCUCGCAUUGCACUGAUUACAUGCAAGAUGGUUCUGUACCCUUUGCAAGCUGUGUCGUUAUUGGCGCAACCAUUCCGGCCGGAGAGUGUUUCAAGGGUGCUUGCAUGAAUUGUGUCUAUCUUGGUAAGGAUCAAGAUUGCAGUCUUCGAGGGGUCGAGAGUGAGGAAAGUGAAGCUCAAUGA